CUUCCUCCUUCUUCCUCCUCCGAUUGAUUUCCUUUGUUCUUUAUAAUACGUAGAUCAUUUAUAUAUUUACAGAGUUCUAUCGUUUUCUAUAUCAGUUUGCGUCCCCACUCCAUCCUUCCAAUUUAUCAGCGGCGACGGUUAUCGAGACUGCAAUUAAUUAACCCCGCCAUCUAUCCGUGAACAAAUUCACCGCACCUGCGACAAAGCCACUCCACCAUUCUUGCGAGCGGUGAGCCUUCAAACCGGUGGGUUACAUAUAGAUAUGCUUAUGCAGGCUUGAAUCGCCUGACAAUUGCACACUUUUUUACUCACUGUAUAGCCAAUAGUGCAGGCUUACGACGCGCGUCACUUACUCUUCUCUGCGUUGACCAUUUCAGAAAAGAAAAGGGGUUCCCUGGCUGGAUACCUUGUUUCUUUCCUUAAAUGGCAUCCCAAGCACAAGGCCAGCGACCUAAGGUCCAGCCUUGUCGGUACAAGACGGGCAAGACCUUGGGCGCUGGAUCCUACUCCGUCGUGAAGGAAUGCGUACACAUCGACACUGGUCGGUACUAUGCUGCGAAGGUGAUCAAUAAACGGUUGAUGGCGGGGCGUGAGCACAUGGUAUGGGCGCCUUUCGGGGGAAAGGCCAGCAAGGCGCGCGAUCGUUGAGAAUGUGGGUUGACGUGACUGUAGGUGCGGAAUGAGAUCGCUGUGCUCAAGAAAGUGUCGAUGGGUCAUCAGAACAUUUUGACCUUGGUCGAUUACUUUGAAACUAUGAACAACCUAUAUUUGGUUACCGAUCUCGCACUGGGUGGUGAACUAUUCGACCGAAUCUGCCGUAAAGGUAGUUAUUUUGAAUCUGAUGCUGCGGAUCUUAUCCGCGCCAUUCUGUCGGCUGUGGCCUACCUGCAUGACCACGGUAUUGUGCACCGCGACUUGAAGCCGGAAAAUUUACUCUUUCGCACCCCGGAGGACAAUGCGGAUCUUUUGAUUGCCGACUUCGGUUUGUCCAGGAUCAUGGACGAAGAACAGUUCCACGUUCUGACGACGACAUGUGGUACACCAGGAUACAUGGCACCUGAGAUCUUCAAAAAGAGUGGCCACGCCAAACCAGUGGAUAUCUGGGCCAUCGGUGUCAUCACUUACUUCUUACUCUGCGGCUACACCCCUUUUGACCGCGACUCCAACCUGGAAGAGAUGCAGGCCAUCCUUGCAGCCGACUAUUCGUUCACCCCGCUUGAGUACUGGCGCGGUGUCUCGCAGCACGCCCGAGAUUUCAUCAAACGGUGCCUGACCGUUGACCCCGAUGCGCGCAUGACCGCCCAUGAAGCUCUCCAACACAUUUGGGUCAACCCGCCCUACGACCCAUCCGCCGACCAGUCCGGUCAAGACCUGCUCCCGACCGUCAAGAAGAACUUCAACGCGCGUCGGACCCUCCACAAAGCGAUCGACACGGUCCGUGCGAUUAACAAGCUCCGCGAAGGCGGUGGCCUGAUGAUGGACGGGGUGAUGAGCGUGGACCCAAAGCCGGAACGGGUCAACGGAAGCGAAAUUGUGGAGGAGCAUUCGCAUCACGACAGCGGCAUGGACAUCGACAGCCGCGGUGAUGCCCGCGGCCAAACAGAGGAACAGAUCCGCGCACAAGAACGGAGAGUGAAAGAGAUGGUAGCUGGAUUGUGGAGUCGAACAGCGAAGAAAUGAUGAAAAAGAAACGAAUUCGAUGAUAGAGAUACCAACAUAUCUAACCCCCUUUCUACUGUCUAUUUUUUACCGCAUCUUUACUCUCUUUGUCUGCUUCUUUGUAUGUCUUUUAGGGGCUUUGUCUCCAGUUUGGCGGACUUUGCUUCCGUCUUUCUGUUUUUGAUUGGAAAGUAUCCAUACAUUUGCAUACGUCCAUAUCUUGGACUCGGAUGAUUAAUAUGUCAAUAUACGUGAUUAAGUUAGUAUAUAAAGCAUUUUCGGUAUGUAUACCAAUGUAAAUUGUUGGACGUUCUUUUGAGGGACAUCCUGACAAGCACAUAGAAUUACAGAUCACCCGAUGCUUGAAAUAAAUAGUGAGAAAGAUGAGGGAACGGGUGACGGUGUACUCCCAAGAGCUGCAAG